UUGCGUAAUCGCGCAUUUCGAAUGGAAGUCGCGACGCGGGAGCCUACGGCGCCCGCCGUCGCCCCCAAGGGACACGUGGUCGUUCUACACGUGGGCCUCGCGAAAAACAGAGGAGAUCGGUACAUUCUAAACCUAGCGCUCGCGUACCACGAAAUAGGGUAUCGAGUGACCGUCGUUACGGACCGGUUCAGCAAAUCGGAAACCUCGAGUUACUUGGACGGAUUCUCGGAUAAGAUCGAGGUGCGGUUCUCCGCGUGGUGGGUACCGCGAAGCCUGCUCGGCCUAUUCAAGAGCAGUAUGGCAGCGCUUAAAGCGGCCCUGAUGGCGUUCCGGGUGAUAUUCAGUCCGCCCGAACCCAAACCGGACGUGGUACUUCUCGACACAAGUAUGGUGGCGUUGUGUAUCCUCCGGGUGUUCACCAAGCACCGGUUAUUUUACGUCGCCGGCUUCGAGGAGUUGAGAAACAACGAUGCCUGUUACGAGCACUCCCGCUAUUAUCCGAACUUGCUCGAAGCGAAAUGGGUGAAGAUGGCGGACGAAGUGAUCGUUGAAACGUCCGGGUUCGUGGAAAUUUUCAAAAAGUCGUAUCCGUCGGUUACGAGGAGACCCCUGGUUCUGUACCCUUCGGUGGAUCUAGGCCUACGUACCGAACCAGAAAUGGAUGUGCGCAGAAUAAUACCUGACCUGCUGGAUAACACUGUCAUCUUCCUCUCCGUCGGCAAGUACCGCAGAUCGUCCAAUUUUAAGUUAGCCAUGGACGCGUUCGAGGUCCUGCUUGAGCUGAUACACGACAAACCGGUGACGCAGAGGUUUCAGCUGGUGAUCGCAGGGGAUUGCAAGAGUGCGCAGGAGAAUGCGUGGUACCGGGAGUUGAGGGAGUUGGCGAAGGAAAAAAUAUGCGCGUCACAGAUAACGUUGCUUAAGAGGUUACCAACGGUGCACGAGAAGACGCUCAUAGCGGAAGCGGCCAUAGUUAUUCAUCCGGCCAAGAACGACGUCCAGUCGGACUUUGUCCUCAAGGCGAUGUGUCUGGGCAAACCUAUAGUCGCGACCAAUAAAGGUAUAGCGUCGAAGAUCUUGGUCAACAAGAUAUCAGGUGUGACGACAGAGUCGGAAGCGUACGCCGUGGCCGAGGUGUUGAAGAAGUUGAUGGUCAGUCCGCACCUGCAGGUGUUUAUGGGCGACAUCGCUAGGGACGCGUUUCGGAAGAGUUACUCGUUCGAGAGCAUGUGCGAGAAACUCCGCGCCAUCAUGGGACGCGCGCAAGGGUCGGGCGCAGGGGAAUAAUAAUAGGGGUCGAAAUAAAUUUUGGUUAGUAAGACGUGUGGUGGUUACCUUGCAGUUUUACGUCGUUGGGGCGCUUGUUGGAAGCGUUGGUGAUGGGUUUGGGCGGCUCGUGGGUACCGAUGAGCUCUGAAAAAGAAAUGCGCGUAGGUGGGGCGAACGAUUGUGAACUGCAGUUUUUUUCUG